AUGGAGAAAUUGAGCCAGCGGGGCCUGGAAUUGAAGAGAAGCAACACGGCUACCGCCUUGCGCAGAGGCAGCGUCGAAGGUGGAGGAGGCUGCGGCGGCGCAAUGCAAAGAGAUGCCCUUCCUUCAACGUCAUUUUGUCGCAUCUCGGUGGUGGAGAGCCUGCAGCACAGCCUUGGUCGCCUUCUGGUGGCUGGCGAGGGCAGCGGCAGCUCUGGCUACGCAUCGAUGAGCGAUGUCACCUUCCUCGUUGGACGGGAGCGCCGCUCCUUCCUCGGUCAUCGCCUCCUCUUCGCAGCCCAGUCCGAACCCUUUCACGCGAUGCUGUUUGGACCCAUGCGAGAGGGACAGCAACAGAGCAGCAUCGACGGCGAGGCGAGGAAGGCGGAGGUGGAGCUGCCCGAGAUAGAGCCGCGCGUGUUCGGGCACCUCCAGCGGUUCCUCUACACCGGCGAGGUCUCCGUCGAACCUGACGACCUCCUGCCGCUCUUCCGCGUCGCCCACACCUACGCCGUCCAGCCUCUCGCCGAGGCCUGCUCGGGCAUGCUGCAGAGCGGCGUGGACCAGAGGAACGUGAUGUGCCUGCUGCAGGUGGCGUGCCUCUACGACGACCACGCUCUGCGGGAACAGUGCCUGAGCGUCAUCGGCCCCAGCGCAGCCACGCUCCUCGACUCGGAUGAGGUCCUGGCCCAGUCUCGCCCCAUCAUCGCUGCCAUCCUUCGCUCGUCCAAGCUAUGCAUCGGCGAGGUGGAACUGUUCAAGCUGCUGCUCAAGUGGCGCGCUAUCGACCCGGAGAGCCGCCACCUGGACGCGCUGGCGCUGGUGCCCCUCGUGCGGCUGCCGCUCAUCUCGCCAGAGUACCUCUGUUCGUUGGUCAAGCCCUCGGGGCUCGUGCCCUUGGAGCCCCUUUUCGAGGCCAUGACCUUCCACGCCAACCCCGACUGCCUCCCCGACACGACGCUCACGCGAUUCCAACCGCGCGACCUGCGAGAGCUCAGCAAAGGCCAACAGAUCGCUCGGCAGGUGAUGAACAAGCGAGCUGCGGCGCGGAAGCUGCUGUCGGCGAGCAUGAGCGAACCACUACCGGCGCGUAGCGGCCAAGACUUCGAGGCCAUGAGCGCCUGA